GCAGAGCUAACGUGCUCGUUAAAAUUACGCAACUAUAUCGAAAGUUUGUGUUGAAAUAAAAUUAUUUCGUAACUUUUCGUUAAUUUUUGACAAAAGAACACGGUUUUAUAUAUUAGUUGCAUUGCAAUAAGAAAGUGUUUUGUUUCAUGAUAUUUUUCUGUGAUUAAAAUGUCUGAGAAUAAAGUCAAUGACAGUGUUGGAUCGCCAAAGGAGUCACACAAGGUCCCGAAAUCUGUGGACCUAAAUGACAUUGAGAUGGUGUUUGGAACUCCGGAUUCAGCAAAACGGAGUCCACAGCCAGAUGUUCAUGUUGUCACUAAUGAAAAGAAGCCUGGCAAAGAUACACACUCACUCAACAAUAACAAUGAAAAAAAUGGCGAGAGUGACACGGAAACUACGCCCUCCUCGCAACCUCUGCUGGAGCCUGACAAAGAGCGGAACAGACCACCUCUCGCUGGUCCAGAAAUAGACGACCUAGACGAUGAGCGCCACAUCGACGUGACUCCAUAUCCUGGGAUUGACGACGGGCUGCUGGAGCCCAAUGGAACUACACCAGGACAUGAAGACGGAGAGAAGCACGGUGACGAGGGCUCCCACGGCACGGACCCUGCACGGGACCACGGAGUCGGCACGGAAGACGGUAAAUGGCCCUGGACGUCCACCGACGAGACGGACUAUCCAGGAUACGAUGGAUUCAACGGCAUCGGACCGAGAUUUGGGGUUGACGACAGACCCGGUUCACCGAUGAUGCCAGGGUCCAUCCCCGACGUGAACACGUACCAGCAGAAGAAGAACCUCGCGCAGGGUAUGAUGGACCUGGCGCUGCUGUCGGCCAACGCCAACCAGCUGCGCUACGUGCUGGAGUCGUCCAGCGCGCACCCCUACUACUACCCCAGCCUCACCUUCAUCUCGCUCAGCAUCAUCCUGCAGGUGGCGGUGGGCAUCGGGCUGAUAAUGAACAGCCGCUACGACGUUAAAGACGAAAAGGACAUCUGCAAGGCGGACAAGAUCAACAACAUGACGGUACUGGGCGUGUUCCUGGUAACCAUUGUCAACGUAUUCAUCACCUCCUUCAGCGUGGCCACGCCCAACGUGCCGCUGGCCGCGGGGGGACAGGUUAUACAGCAAGCGGGGUAGAGCGUUACCCCGCGACGGUGUCUGCUACAGCAUUAUGGACGCGGGCACGUGGAGGGAAAACACUUUAUCAAUAGGGCGAUUGUUUAAGGUUUUCGGAUCGUCAAUAAACAAGGUCAUUCGGAAACUAGGGCUUCGAAUAUAAAAAGGUUCAGUAAUACUCGAUUUAGUAAAAUAAUUACCAUCUCAAGUAAUGGAUUUUUCAGUUUUCGUAUACCUAAAAGCAACCUUCAAUACCUUAACUUAUUGUAAUGAAUUGACUACUAAAUCAGUAGCUAAACACUCUUUACUCAUAAUCCGGACACCUGACGCUUUAUGGUAUUGAAAAAAUAUGAUUUUCGUACGCGAUCCCCCCAAUUAAUUUAUUUUGAUAGAUAUACAAUGUGUGAUUAAAGGCUUACGCACGAACUGAUUCCACGGGAUUUUUCGUUUGAUCUCCUCAUUUUGAUUGAUCAGUUUCCAAUGAAUCACGUUAAUCGCACAUUAAAAUUAGCUUUAUUUAC